AUGUACAGUGGUUCGCUUCCUCCUCACAAGAUUGUCUAUUUCGAGUCGAAGAGAAAAGUAACUGCCUAUCCGUGGGGAAUUACUAGUGGAGGUUCUUCUGGUAGUAGAGAUCCAUUGCAGUCUUUACGAGCAAGAAUGGAUUUGUUGAAGAGUCCGAUCUUGGAUUUGGAACUCUUCUCAUGGAAUGGUGCUGAGGCUAUGGAAUAUGAAAAAGCGGAACAAGCUAGGAAAAAGAAAUAUGCAUCGUGUUUGCAAUUAGUCAAACAUAUUUCUGGUUUACCAACAAUUUCGGAUGAGGAUUUAAAAAACCCUGAUUGGAGUUGUGAAAAUGUAGAGCUGGUAUUGUUGGAAAAUGGGUUAUUGGUAAAGGAAAAUGCAGUGAGUACGGUAGUGCAAUCUGCAUUUGUUGAUGAUAAAUUUGUGGAUCAGUUUAUUGACUUUAUGAUUGAUGAGUGGAAGGAUCCAACACCUUCGGAAUUAAUUUAUACAUUGGUUUUAUUUAAAUCCAACAAAAUUUUGAAUAAUUUAUUGAAGAGAAGACACAUAAUGAGGAUUUGUUAUUUUGUCUUGACUUGCGAAACAACCCUAGAUAAUAUUCAAUUAGCUCUCCAACAAUUUUUGGAGAUGUAUUACAGCAUUUCUAUCAAUGUACUUUGUUCAAUUCUUCAUGAUGAGCUCAGAAGGUUCAAAGAUUUUAAACGUAAUAAUUAUGAUUUUGCAAUAGAAAUGAAAUGUUUGGAAUUAAUUCUAGUGUUGCGAGUGAAAUAUCCAAGUGAGAGUAUUGAUUCCACACUUCAAUCAAUCCUCGUUUAUUUAUUAAGAUUGGGCAAUCAACAAGUUUCUAAAAAACUUUGCACUAGAGCUGUUGUGGCUCUGAAAGAAAUGAAAGCCAAAUCAAAAGAAUCGUUCGGCGCUGUAAAAAAAGCUUUUGAAACAAAGUCAAUUUCAACUAAAGUGGCUGGUACCCUUGCUGAAUAUUGCCAAAUAACGAAUACAGAGAAAUAUUUGGAAUCAAAGAUUGAUGAAAAGAAGGAGCUAGGAGAAAAGGCUAUUGGAACUGGUACUGAUGUUGAGGAUUUUAUUCAAGACAUUGAUGUAGAUCCAUCUAUUUAUUCUAUUGAUGAAAUGAAAAAGCAUUUGGAUGCUACCAUUCUCAAAAAUGCAACUCCCUAUAUCCACUCCCAAUUCAUCAAGAAGCACUAUGGUACUAUACACCACCAAGAAGUUGAGGAGGAAAAGGAAUUUCAAUAUUUGGCCAAAGCUAUUAUUCGAUUCAGAAAUUAUGGCACUAGAAAGAUGGCACUUCUUUCCAAUAAGAUGAUGUACGACAAUAUUGAUACAAGUGAUUUGAAGGAUUUCUCAACCCAGACUUUCAAAAGAAACCAAUCAUCUGACUAUUUUAAUUAUCUAGUUCAAGAUCUUGCACCAAUAAUGGAAUAUCUAAAUAGAGAGAAAAUGUCACUCGGAUAUGAUGCCAUGUACAUUCUUGGUGUUUGUUGUGAAUAUAGAGGAAUGGUUGUGGAAAAGUUUUCACACAAUUCAUGGUGCAUCAAACCAAUUUAUACUUAUCUUAUUGAUAGUGGUAUCUUUCAAAGAAUUGAGGAGAUUAUUUUGAAACAUCUGAAAGGUCCACCAAGAGAACAUGAAGAUGAUCGUAUUGUCAGAUUACAAUACAUUUGUGAAGCAAUACGACUGGCUUCUGAACUAUUUAAUUCAAUGAAGAAUAAUAGAGAAAUUAGCAGAGUUUCUCACAUUUUGGAAACUUCUAAAUUCUUUGAAUACUUAAUUUAUUGCUUGUAUGAAUUUAGGGAAGAGGAAAUUAUGCUCAAGACCAUUGAACCUUGUUUUGCAUAUGCUGCAGAAUGUAGACAGGAAGUAGGUAUAUGUCUCAUCUAUAAAAAGUACCUGCUGGCCCAAAUCACCCAAAUGUUUAACUAUGCCAUCCUCCUGCCUGAAACAACAAGUGAUGAAAAGGUUGAUUUAACCACAACCAUGACUGUAAUUAUUAGAACACUGUAUGACAUUGCCAAACCAACUGCAUCUAAGGUCAAUGGAUCCCUUUUAAAGGGUCAGAGAAGAUUACUAGCACCAAUGCUUGGUUGUGGAAUUUUUUCCAAAUUGGCUUCAUUUCUCAAAGAAAAACAAGGAAUGCUAACAGGAUUUGCUGUCUCAGCCAUGAACGAUGACAGAGAUCCACGAUACCACUGGAUUGCAGAACUCGUUACUAUCAUGUCUUAUUAUUCGAGAUAUCCACCAAUGAGAAAAUGCUUUUAUGAAAACAAUUAUGAAAUUUUCACAAUUUUACUAUCCAAAGUAAUAUUCUCACUUAAUGAGGUUUUCAAGAGCAAAUCUAAAAAUCAGAAUAGAAAGCUUCACUUCCCUAAUGUUUCUGGCUCUUCCUUCCUUAAUGGGUUGUCUCUUGUGAAUCGUUUGUUGUGGGACCGUGAGACUAGGAAAUUCAUGAGCGCAAAUGAAAAGAACAGAUCAUCUGUUAAUGGAUCUACUAAGCUGGAAGACUUAUGUUUUUAUUGGAUUAAUUAUUUUGUACAGAGAGUGAAAAAUUCAGAAACACUAACUCAAAGUGAUUUACUUGUUUGGGGAAGAUCCUAUUUCCUCUUGUCUAGUUUAAUGAUAGAAGAAGAUUUCCGUUCAUACCUUGCAACCAAUACUCAGAUUGUGGAAUUACUCAUGGAUACAAUAAGUAUCAAAGCUAGGCGAUUAACUACUGAUGUAAAGAACUCUUCCUGUAAAUGCAUAAUGAUAUUAUUGAAGGAACCAAAGGCAGCUGAAAAAAUGGAGGUUGACAAGAUUUUGAAAUUUGUCAACUCUGAAUUCAAAAACGAAACAACAACACGACUCAUCGCUCCGGAGAAUGAAAUUGAAACAAAUGUACUCCUAGGUCUGUUGUAUGAUAUGUUUGAAAGUCGAAUUGGAGAGGAUGCAAAACAACUCAUCAAGGCCAAAUAUCCUCUAUUAGCUCCUCAAAUCAAGGAAAUUGGCAAGUGCAACACUUGUGGAAAAGGCUCUAGUUCAGAAUCAUCCUUAAAGCGUUGCUCUGCCUGUAAUUCUGUAAGAUAUUGCAGUGUUGAAUGUCAGAAAAAGGAUUGGAAAAAUCAUAAGGAAAAAUGUAAAAAGAUACAGGAAGAAUCGAAACAAACAAUAGCAACAGCGCUACAAAAAGUCUACUCUGCAGACAAGUUGAAAACUAAGGGAAAUAACGCCUACAAAGAGAAUGACUUUAAGAGAGCUAUCAAUUACUAUGGUCGUGCUCUCUUGCAAGAAGAUGCAAAAGAUAUGAAACACAUUCUCAAUUUGAACAUUGCACAGAGCUACUUUAUGAUUCAUGACUAUGAACAGAGUAUGAAAUAUGCUGAUUUGGCUUUGGAAAUUGAUCCAUCCUACAUCAAAGCCAUUCACAGAAAGGCAAUCUGUUUGAAAAUGCUCAACCGAAACAGUGAGGCACUAUCGGUGGCAAACAAAGGACUUUCACUAUCACCAUCAGAAAAACAAUUACAGGAUUUGGUUGCUUCACUCAAAUAA